AUGUACCUCCGGCGCCGAGUUGCGGGUGGCGCGGCCUGCUGUGUCGGGUGUGCGUUCGGUCGGUGGCCGUCGCAGCCUGCCGCUCAGGAGAAAGCCGGGAGUGCAACCGAUGCCGUCCAGCCAGUCAAAGGCGGUGGGAGGGCAGAGGCUGCUGACUGCAUUGUCGUCGGAGGCGGCAUUGUUGGAGCCGUGGUGGCCCGGGACCUCGCCCGACGCGGCGCAGAAGUUGUGCUGCUCGAGCGCAGCAGCUGCGGAAGCGAGGCGAGCGGACUCAGCGCUGGCACGCUGUGGUCGGCCGGCAUGCCGCGUCUGGUUACCGAGCGCGACGCCGCGACCUACCUGCGAGCAGGCAGCUCUGAGCUGCUGCGAUCGCUGGGCGAGGCUUGCGAGUACAACCGCUGCGGCGCGCUCGAGCUGGCCGUCACGCCUGAGGACGUCUGUUGGCUGCGCCAAGACUGUGAGGCCGGCAAGCGGAAGGGGCUGGCUGUCGAGUGGGUCGAGGGCGUCGACCUCAUCAUGCUGGAGCCGGCGCUGGCAGGUGGCUCGGCGCUGGCUGCGAUCCACACGCCGCUCUCCGGCAGCGUCCAGCCGGCGCUGGCGACGCGCGCAAUCGCGGAUCAAGCGGAGAGCGCCGGUGGCCGAGUCAUCGAGGGCGAGGAGGCGCUGUCGAUAGACCGCUCGCAGGACGGGUCUGCUUGGGUGGUUUGCACGAGUGGGGGGCAGCGCUUUGCGGCGGCGCACGUCGUCUUGGCGGCCGGAGCGUGGUCGGCGCCGCUCGCCGCCACUGCGGGCGUGCGGCUGCCGGUGGUGCCCGUCAAGGGAGUCAUCUGCACCAGCCCGGCGCCCCCGAGCACGCUGCGCAAGGUGAUCUACGAAUGCAGCUCGAGGCGACACUUCACCGAGGUGGGAGAUGGGCGCAACGACCUACUGGCCACGCCAGCAAAAUGCACGCACGGCCAAGAUGGGACGCACCGUCUCGUGCGCAAGCUCUACGCAAAGCAGUGCGGUCCCUCAGACGAGCACCAGCUGGUCUUCGGGGGCGAUCGCAUCCCGGGGGUGCGAGACGACGACUACUCGGUGCCGGAGGAGACGGAGCGGGCGGUUUGGGCGCACGCGACCGAGCUCUUUCCCGCGGCAAUCUACGACUUGGUUCGAGGAACGCUCCGGGCCGCGAGCGACGAGGCCGGCGCGUGGGCAGGACUGAUGCCCUUCUCCGCCGACGGCAAACCCAUUGUCGGCGAGCUCGCUCCGCUCGGCCUCCCAAAUCUGUGGAUGGCAUGCGGCUUUGGGCCAUCGGGUGUGAUGGAGGGACCGAUGGCCGCGUCGCUGCUGGCGGCGCGCUUGGCGGCGCGCUUGGGCUUUGCGGGUGACGGUGAUGGAGUUGGAUUAGGCGGCGACGAGGAGCAGCGAGCGGUGAUGCGAGCUAUUGACCCGUGCAGGGAGGGGUGCUGCGCACGGUGUUGA